AUGGCAGAGAAUACAAAAGAUUCGUUGAGCUCAGGCUUCACUGAGUCGCAAACAUCGGCAGCUACCCCUCCACGAAGACCAGCAGCUCCCAAGAAGCAGAUUACUCGACACCCAGCUUUGAGUCCAUCCAUAACUAACGUCCCAGUCACUCCGGGCAUUCAUUUGGGGGCAUACAAAGAAAAUAAGGAAGAGAAAUCGAUUAAAAUUGUCGAACAAAACUAUUUCUUACAGGGCUUUAACCACUCUUCAAUCAUGGAAAAAUCACCACUCGAUGCCAUACCUGGCACACUAUCAAAUCAAGAAGUCCUUCGCAGACUGAGCUUGUCUGCUGGUCGCGAGAGACAAGGUUCCUUAUCGGACCUUGAUCCUCGAGCUGCGCAUCCAUCAUUGGGUUUGACUGGAGGAAUCAUCUCUGCAACAUUUUGUAUACAGCAAUCUUUGAUGUACAGAAAAGGCUCAGACUGGACUUGGUCGCAAAGACAUGGCGGUUCCUCGCAAUUCGACUCCUUCAGAUAUCUUGCUUCUGACAAAUCCCCAUGGAAUCACACACUUGUUGGCUGGACUGGAGAAAUCAAACCGGUCGAAGAUCUCACACCUCCAGAUACUCCUCCAAUUGGAGGUCACCCUAUACUAUCGCAACCCCCAGCAAACAGAGUUCCUUUCAACAAGAGCUCGGCACCGAUUCCAGUUGAUGGUGUUACUAUGCCUCAAAAUACACAAGAAAAUGAAGGAGUAUUUAUUACAAGUGAAGACAGGCAACGACUUGAGAAACAACUCUCACAUGAACAACAUGGAAAAAUUGUUCCCGUUUGGUUGUGUGACGACGCAGAUACCAGCGAGGAUGGGAGCAUCUGCUUGAAAGACCAAGCAAGAUGGAGAAGAUACGCCGAGCAUGAGCUGUAUACUCUAUUCCACUACAAACAACAUGAACCUACAAAUGGCCGACAAGAACGACAAUCAUGGGCUGAUUAUUAUCGAAUGAAUAAAAAAUUCGCAAACCGAAUCCUUGAGGUCUACAAGCCAGGCGACCUUGUCAUGAUUCACGACUAUCAUCUUUUACUCCUUCCUACCAUGUUGAGACAACUCGUCCCACAUAUGAGCAUCCUCUUCUACCUACAUAUCCCAUUUCCCAGUAGCGAAUUCCUUCGAUGCUUACCGAGAAGAAAGGAGAUAUUGGAGGGUGUUUUGGGUGCAAAUUUGGUUGGAUUGCAAUCAUUCAGUUACACUCGACACUUUAAUUCCUGUUGUACUCGUAUCCUAGGAUUCCCGUCAACGAGCGCGGGUGUCGAAGCAUAUGGUGUAAGAUGUGAUGUGGAAGCCUACCCCAUUGGAAUUGAUGCACGACAUGUUGAAAAACUCGCCUUUGGAGAUCCCGCUGUUGAUGAGAAGGUUGCAGCAUUGAAGAAAUUAUAUGCAGGCAAGAAAAUCAUCGUUGGCCGAGAUCGUCUUGACAGUGUCAGAGGUGUUGCUCAGAAACUCAUGGCUUUCGACCGUUUCUUGGAAAAUUACCCGGAAUGGCGUAACAAGGUCGUGUUGGUACAAGUCACAAGUCCAACCAGCGUUGAAGAAGAAAGAGAAGAUUCUGGAAAUAAGAUCGCGGCCAAUGUCGCUGAACUUGUUUCAAAAAUUAAUGGUGUCUAUGGCUCCUUGAGUUUCUCUCCCGUUCAACACUAUCCUCAAUAUCUUUCACAAGAAGAGUAUCUUGCUCUUCUUCGUGUAGCGGAUGUUGGUCUAAUCACCAGUGUCCGUGAUGGCAUGAACACAACAAGUUUGGAGUAUGUUGUUUGCCAAAAAGAAAAUCAUGGUCCCUUGAUCAUAUCCGAAUUCUCUGGAUCGGCUGGAGUCUUGGAUGCAGCCAUACAUAUCAAUCCAUGGGAUAUGAACACUGUCGCAGAGAACAUUGUACAUGCGUUGGAGAUGCCUCCCGACACCAAGGCAGAUCUUCACCAGAAAUUAUCCGAUUAUAUCUUUGAAAACGACAUUCAAGUCUGGACCAAGAGUCUCAUUCGAACAUUAAUCACAAAAAUUAGUUCCAAUAGUGAAGCAUUUGCAACACCUCUCUUGGAUAAGGCUUCCAUGUUGAUCCAAUAUAGAGCCGCUAAUAAGAGGCUAUUUAUGUUUGAUUAUGAUGGUACUCUUACACCUAUUGUCAGAGAUCCUGCUGCAGCUUUACCAUCCGACAAAUUAUAUCGUACGCUAAAAGCUCUCGCUGCUGAUCCCAAAAACUCCAUUUGGAUCAUUAGUGGUAGAGAUCAAGAAUUCUUGGGACAACAUUUAGGACAUAUUCCCGAGUUGGGGUUCAGUGCUGAACAUGGUAGCUUUAUGCGUCAUCCUGGUAGUCAGGAAUGGGAGAAUCUCGCCGAGAAAUUUGACAUGGGCUGGCAAAAGGAAGUCAUGGAGUGUUUCCAGAAAUAUACCGAGAUGACUCCAGGCUCCUUUAUCGAACGCAAACGCUGCGCCUUGACAUGGCAUUACCGUCCAUCGGAUCCAGAACUUGGUGAACGUAUGUCUCGUGAAUGUCAAAAAGAACUAGAGGCUACUGUUGGCAAAUCUUGGGAUGUCGAAGUCAUGACUGGUAAAGCCAAUCUUGAAGUCCGUCCAACAUUCAUCAACAAAGGUUCCAUUGCCAAACGACUCGUCGACGCUUACGGCAAAGAAGUCGGACAACCUCCCGAAUUCACCAUUUGCGCUGGAGAUGAUACUACCGAUGAAGAUAUGUUUCGAGCAUUAAAUAAUAGUGAUCUCGACAAAGAUCACGUCUUUACCGUCACGGUAGGUGCUUCUAGUAAACCAACAUUGGCCAAAUGGCAUCUACUUGAACCGGUGGAUGUUAUUAGUAGUGUCGCGUUGCUAGGGGGUGGUGAUGUAAAUGUGGCGGAUCUAGGACCGAUUGCGGUGGUAGAAGGCAAGAAUAGAAAGGAAAUGCCGGCGAAGUUUGAGGUGUUGGAUAUGGUUCCUGGUGCUCCUAGUACUGGGGAGGGUAGAUAG